UGUUCUUGAUCGGCAUUAUUAGCAAAAGUUUUCCAAAAGUCAUCUAGUUGGUUUUAAUUUUACCAUCGACCUUACAAAUAUUAAGAUAAAUAAUAGGAAAUAAAUAAAAUGCCAUCACUGGAGGUAAAUGUAAACAAGGUGAUUGUGCACCCACUGGUGUUGCUGUCUGUGGUGGAUCACUUCAACCGUAUGGGCAAAAUCGGAAACCAGAGACGUGUUGUCGGUGUGUUACUGGGUUGUUGGCGUUCAAAAGGAAUUCUUGAUGUCUCCAACAGUUUUGCUGUUCCUUUCGAUGAGGAUGACAAAGACAAGUCGGUGUGGUUCUUAGAUCAUGAUUAUUUGGAAAAUAUGUAUGGCAUGUUCAAGAAAGUAAAUGCACGCGAGCGUGUUGUCGGCUGGUAUCACACCGGUCCUAAACUACAUCAAAAUGAUAUUGCCAUAAACGAGUUAAUACGUCGCUAUUGCCCCAACUCAGUGCUGGUGAUAAUUGAUGCGAAACCCAAAGAUUUAGGUUUACCAACUGAAGCUUACAUCGCAAUAGAAGAGGUGCAUGAUGAUGGUUCACCGACGAGCAAAACCUUCGAACAUGUGCCCAGCGAAAUUGGCGCUGAAGAAGCCGAGGAAGUGGGCGUUGAACAUUUACUACGCGAUAUCAAGGACACCACAGUCGGCAGCCUCUCACAAAAAAUUACCAACCAAUUAAUGGGUUUGAAAGGCUUAAACGCACAAUUGCAUGACAUCAAAAACUAUUUGCAACGUGUUGGUGAUGGCAAAAUGCCCAUCAAUCAUCAAAUUGUAUACCAGCUGCAGGAUAUCUUCAACUUAUUACCCGACAUAACGAGUGAACAAUUUACCGAAACCAUGUAUGUUAAAACGAACGAUCAAAUGCUGGUCGUCUAUUUGGCGUCUAUGGUGCGCUCCAUCAUUGCAUUGCACAAUCUCAUCAAUAACAAAUUGACGAAUCGUGAUGCGGAGGAAGGUAAAAAGGCCGACAAGGAAGCGGAAAAGGAGAAAGAGAAGAAUAAGGAUAAAGAUAAGGAGAAGGAUGGCAAAGAUGUAAAGGACAAAGAUAAAAAAGCCGAUGAUAAAUCUGCUAAAAGCACAGAAGACAGUGGUAAGGGUGGCAAGAAAUAGGAACGAAAGAACAGGAAGAAACCACAUCGUAAGAAGAAGAAAAAUAAGAAAAACCACUAGAGAGCGUAAAUGUUGAACCUACAGCGUAGGGAAUUAGUUGCAGCACUAAAAACAAUUGCAAAGAAUUUAUAUGUUGAAGUUAAGAACAGCAGCCGAAACCAUAAAAGUUAAAUUAAAAGCUAAUAAUAAUUAAUUCGAACAUUUAUGCAUAGACUUCUUCAUGUACAUUUUAAGUUUCGUAAAUGUUACGCAAGUACUUUACAUAUACAAUAUAAUGAAAAUAAAAAUAAAACAAAAAUUUAUAAAUAUAAAUAUAACCAAAAUGAACGCAGUAUGUGUGGUCACUAUAAAAUAUACAACUUUACUUCCUCUAACGGUUCAUUUCAUUAAACUGCACUCAACUAAUUAA